UUAAUGCACAGUAAACGCCUAGAAACAUCUGCGUGAGCAAUUAAUAGACCAUAAUUAUUUUUUACCUGUGGUCUUACGAGCAAACAUAAACCUCUCGUGCACAUACACGCGCACGUUGGCUGUGUCAAGCAUCCCAGAAGGACCAUCUGCAAAGAAAAGCGCCUGAACGACGCAGUGGAAGAAUGGGCCUCUCAUUUGCUCUAUUGAUUCUCCUUGUGUCUUUCUCCCUCACCGCGGCCUUACGCAAUACGACCGCAGGUUGUGCUAUCAUUCGUCCGCCAAGAGAUGGAGGGAUAAGAUACAGGGGUCUGACUCAAGAGCAGAUCCGUAGCGUUCAGGUAUUGCCAGUGGAUUAUGAGAUUGAGUACAUCUGCAGAGGGAACAGAGUGAUUGUGGGGCCAAAGGUCAGGAAGUGUCUCCCUGACGGCACCUGGACUGACCUCAACCAGCGCAGCAGAUGUUUACUGCCAUGUCCGAGAGUGUGGACGUCUCUAGAGAAUGGGCGAGUGACUGUGCAUCCUCCCGGCCCAGCGGUGGAGGACACCAUACUUCACUACAGCUGUCUGGAGGGCUUCAUACUGGUGGGCAGAAACAGCACACACUGCACUAAACUGGGCAAGUGGGACUCACCCAAACCCGUCUGCCACUAUGACAGACAUUAUACAGGCAAGAAGAAGCUCUACAUCGGAGCCCUGUUCCCUAUGAGUGGCGGAUGGCCGGGUGGACAAGCUUGUCUCCCUGCUGCCCAAAUGGCCCUGGAUCUGGUGAACAAGAGAACAGAUAUUCUGCCGGAUUAUGAGCUUGAAUUAAUCUACUAUGACAGUAUGUGUGAUCCAGGAGAGGCCACUAAACUGCUGUAUGACCUGCUGUACACGGAGCCAAUAAAGAUCGUCCUGAUGCCGGGCUGCAGUUCUGUGUCCACACUGGUGGCCGAAGCUGCUCGCAUGUGGAACCUCAUAGUGUUGUCUUAUGGCUCCAGUUCUCCAGCCCUCUCGAACCGGCAGCGCUUCCCCACCUUCUUCCGCACGCACCCCUCCGCCACCUUGCACAACCCCACCCGCGUGCAGCUCUUCCAGAAGUGGAAGUGGACCAAGAUCGCCACCAUCCAGCAGACCACAGAAGUUUUCACCUCUACGCUGGAUGAUCUAGAGCAGAGGGUGAAGGAGGCAGGUAUUGAGAUCAGCGUGAGACAGAGUUUUCUCACAGAUCCUGCUGUCGCCGUCAAGAAUCUCAAGCGCCAAGAUGCACGCAUCAUUGUGGGUCUGUUUUACGAAACGGAAGCCAGGAAAGUGUUUUGUGAGGUCUAUAAGGAGAAGCUGUAUGGGAAAAAGUAUGUUUGGUUCCUGAUUGGCUGGUAUGCCGACAACUGGUUCAAGAUCAAGGAUCCAUCAAUCAACUGCACCGUGGAACAAAUGACAGAAGCUGUGGAGGGACAUGUCACCACAGAGAUUGUAAUGCUCAAUCCCGAGACAGUUCGAGGGGCCUCUAACUUGACCUCACAGGAGUUUUUAGCACAGCUGAUGUCCAAGCUGGGCGGUAAAAAUCCAGAGGAGACCGGUGGUUUCCAGGAAGCUCCUUUGGCUUAUGAUGCAGUGUGGGCCCUUGCUCUGGCUCUAAAUAAGACAGUGGGGCCAUUGAAGGCAAAAGGCCGCAGGUUGGAAGACUUUAACUACAAUAAUAAGGACAUCACAUCCGAGAUCUACCGAGCCCUCAACACCAGCUCCUUCGAGGGAGUUUCGGGUCAUGUAGUGUUUGACGCCCAGGGUUCCAGAAUGGCUUGGACCCUCAUUGAGCAACUGCAAGGAGGAAGCUACAAGAAGAUUGGUUACUAUGAUAUGACCAAAGGCAAUCUCUCUUGGUAUGGCAAUGACAGGUGGAUAGGUUCUGGUCCUCCUGCUGAUCAGACGGUGGUCAUUCAAAAGUUCAGAUAUCUGUCACAAAAACUCUUCGUUUCCGUGUCCGUUUUCGCCGGCUUGGGCAUUUUAAUGGGGAUCAUUUGUCUCACCUUUAACAUUUACAACAGCAACAUCAGAUACAUUCAGAACUCUCAGCCGUACCUGAAUAACAUGACUGCAGUCGGCUGCAUGAUGGCUCUGGCUGCUGUUUUUCUUCUGGGAAUUGAUGGACUACAUGUACGAAACUCCCAGUUUCCUGUGGUCUGUCAGUUCCGUUUGUGGCUACUUGGACUUGGCUUCAGUUUGGCUUAUGGCAGUAUGUUUACAAAGAUUUGGUGGGUCCACACUGUGUUCACAAAGAAGGAUGAGAAGAAAGAUAAGAGAAAACAGCAUCUGGAGCCAUGGAAGCUCUAUGCCACCGUUGGGGUUCUGCUUAUUAUCGAUAUCCUGUCCCUCAUGAUUUGGCAAAUUGUGGAUCCAUUGCACAUCACAGUGGAGAAGAAGUUCACUAAAGAAGCACCUAAAGGGGACGUGGACCAGUUGAUUGAACCGUUGCUGCAGCAUUGUAGUUCAGAGAAGAUGAACACAUGGCUCGGGAUCGUGUAUGGCUAUAAGGGUCUGCUGUUGCUCCUGGGUAUUUUCUUGGCAUAUGAGACCAAAUCUGUGUCCACUGAAAAAAUAAAUGAUCAUCGAGCUGUCGGGAUGGCCAUCUAUAAUGUCUCUGUGUUGUGUAUGAUUACCGCUCCCGUCACAAUGAUUCUGUCAUCUAAACAGGACGCCUCGUUCGCCUUUGCCUCGCUGGCCAUCAUCUUCUCUGUCUACAUAACUCUAGUUGUGCUCUUCGUCCCCAAGAUGCGGAGGCUUAUCACUCGUGGCGAGUGGCAGUCAGACCAGCAGGAAACCAUGAAGACCGGCUCAUCCACAAACAACAACGAUGAAGAGAAGUCUCGCCAGCUGGAGAGAGAGAACAAAGAGCUGCAGAAGAUCAUCCAGGAGAAAGAGGAACGUGUGUCAGAGCUCAGAAACCAGCUGUCAGAGAGACAGGCCUUGCGCUCCCGGAGACGCCCGUCCUCCUCCAAUCAGAACCACAGCUCUCCUCCUCUCCCCACUUCUCAGAACGAUCCCAGAUCUCACCUCCCCCCACCAGGAUACACCCUCCCUGCUUCAGACAACCACUCCCUCCCUCUCACCUUCUCCAACUCCUCCACCCUGUACCAGCCUGACGGCAAGAUCAACCGCAACAACUGUCACCCCAGCCGACUGCAGCUCCUCUACAAGUGAGCCCAGACACAGAUGGGACACAAAGAGGAAAUUCAAGUGGGACCAUGGCAAAGUAAAAAGUGGAGAAGCUACCUUCAUGUGCCAUCCAAGUUCCCUUUUUUUCCCACCCAGCAGACUACUUCUGUUUCUUUGUUUGUUUCUUUUGUUUCUGACACGCUUGCUGUUUCUCACGGGUGGUUAUAGUGUCAAGGAUUCUAGAGAAUCUGGUGUUGACUGCAUCAUCGAUGUGUCACCAUGUUUGAAAGCUACACAUGCCGUGAUAACCACUACAUUGUUCAAAUGAUUAAUCCUCAGCUCUUUUUUGCCUUUGAAAAUUGUGUGAGAAAAAUGACUUGCUAAAAAACAUCCUUACAGAAACAUCUUGGUUUAUAGUGGAUUACACCAAGGGGCCGUUCACACAGGAUAUGCCGUUGUGCCCAUCUGUGCUGUAUUUUAAUUGUUUUUCUAUGUAAACCUGUGCUAGAUGGAUGCCUUUGACUGUUGCAAAGCAUCUCCCACCAUGUGUGCCACGUUUUUAAUAAAAUAUGAUCGCAUGACGAGUAUUGACGCUGACUACCAAACCUGGAGUCGCAAGUUCAAAUCCAGGGUGUGCUGAGUGACUCCAGCCAGGUCUCCUAAGCAACCAAAUUGGCCUGGUUGCUAGGGAGGGUAGAGUCACAUGGGGUAACCUCCUCGUGGUCGCGAUUAGUGGUUCUCGUUCUCAAUGGGGCACAUGGUAAGUUGUGCGUGGAUCGUGGAGAGUAGCAUGAGCCUCCACAUGCUGGGAGUCUCCGCGGUGUCAUGCACAGUGAGCCACGUGAUAAAAUGCACGGAUUGACUGUCUCAGAAGUGGAGGCAACUGAGACUUGUCCUCCGCCACCCGGACUGAGGUGAGUAACUGCGCCACCAUGAAGACCUACUAAGUAGUGGGAAUUGGGCAUUCCAAACUGGGAGAAAAGGGGAUAAAAAUGAAUUAAACAAAAAACAUGAUCGCAAUGGAAGUCGACAUGAUGCUUCCGAAUGUUCAUGUACCCUGAAAUCGAUCCCAUACUGCCGAAUUACUGACAAGCGCCAUUCCCCAUCAGAUAUUUCUGCAUCAGUUAAAAGUCUUUACCUUUCCCUGUGCUGCUACUAAUAGCGCAUUAUGCUAGCAAUCGUCCAGAUAUGGGUUCAGGUCCAUGGAAACCAGAAAGUAAUCAUGUUCACUUAAACAAUGGUGAGCGCGAUUUGGAGGUUCGCUCUACAAUAAAAGUUUUACUCCACUGAUGUUUAGGUUUAGGGUUGGGGUUUAAGUUAGGGGUUAGAGUCAAAUAAAUAUGCAUUCCUGUUGACAGUAUUACAUAAUUUACAACUAAAAAUACAACUUGUUUUUGGCGCCACUCUGUGGACAGCUGGUGCUCAAAACAAACAGAGCAAUAUUCAUAGUGCCAGAGAAACAAAGAGCUUAGAGUUUUCAAGAAAAUCAACCUAUGAAUGGCUUACUAAUAGUUGUCUCUGCAUAUUAAGCUGGGAUAGGAGAAAGUAUUUUAACACAGAAACAGUUACAUACUUCUAGCUUCGGCCACUGGGGGCAGUGGUUUAAAUUUCAGUAAGCACAGAUCGAUUUCAACAGCAGAACUCUCAAUCUAAGGUUGAACCGAAAGUGUGAUCAGUCAAAGACACCAUGUCAAAUAAAAACAGCUCUACUUUGAAAAACACCUCAAGACAACUGCAUUUUGUUUUAUUCUGUGGGGCUUCAUCUAGCUGGUUUUAAACGCAAAAGCGUGCCCUGUGUGAAAAGCUCCUAAAUGAUCACAAAAUGUAUUUAGGGUAAUAUUUAGAGCUGUACUGAUACAAUCAGAUAUUGAGAUCCUUUUUCUCAUAUUUCAUCGAUAUUUAAGUUCCUUGUAUUAAUAUUUUUUUUAUUAUUUAUUUGUGCAUUCGUAUGUCUUACAGUUCAAUAAAUGAAGAAGCAGUUUGUCUAAAUAAGCGCAAACUCUGAAACUGGCGUUUCUCCUUGUGAUCGGAGGCGCUUCUACGAAGCACUGUACUGGACAAAAAUUAUGCGCAGCAUGCAAGAGGGAUUGACCGCAGAUGCACACUCUUGCACAUUUGGCACAGUAUCAACUGCGAUGCGAUGAUCCAGUGAUAUCAUGUGCAACCGCAAUGUUUUGUGUCAUAAAAUAUGUAAAUUGUCAAUACCUGUGUUUAGUGCUGGAUAUGCAAUUGAGCACAACAGUCGGGUUCUGGAUGUAAAAAUCCCAUAAAUUUUUUUCAUAAGACAAUUGUAUUUUUUUAUGAUAACAUAUAAACCUUUAAAGGCAGACCUACCGUGAGCUUCAUUUUAAAAUACAUUUUGUUUUAUGUUGUUUUUUCUCAUAAUGACCCAUGGUUCUGAAGAAAAAGAUUAACCUAUCCAAGAAUUGCGGCAAACCCAUCGCAUUAAAUGUGCUCCCUAUGCUUUCAAACUACUGAUAUCUGAAUAUUUUACAAUAAACUUAAAAUCUAUUGUUUCUAUACUUAUUAUCAGCAACUUAAAAUCAAAAGUAAUAUACAGUAUAUUUCCAUCUAAUUACAAUUCGAUUACGCCAUUCACAAUGCUUCAUGGGACUGUAGCAUUAAUGUAAAGUACAAAGGCACCAUUGUCUUUUUGUCUGAUUUUAAAAUACUUUUUUGCUUCAAAUUAAAGUUUGUAAUGUUGUGAUUCACAUUGGAGCUUGUUGGUUUGGUUCAUGCCUUAGAACUGUUAUGAAGACUUUUAUGAAUUCCCUAGGGAAAAAAUUAAUGGGAGAAAUACUUCCGGAACCAAGAAGAGGCAGGCACUGUUGCACUCUGUAGCAUGGUUGCAUUUGAGUCAGUGUGGUUCCAUUUACAUGUUUUCAUUGGUAGAUGCUUUUAUCCAGUGCAACUUAAAGUACAUUCAAAGUUUGUAUUUGAUCAGUUUGUAUGUUCCCUGGAUAUCAAAACCAAUAACCCUGCCGUUGCUGGCAUCAUGCUCUUCCAGUUGAACUUGUUACAAGAACUACUGUUUUCUUUCUUUCAUGUAUAUCCUCAUUAUCCUUUGGGUAAUAUACAUAUUUUGCAACUUCACCAUGAUCUCAUAAACAGACUGCUCCCUGAUGUACUGCUGACAUUAUCUUUUGUUUAUUUCCACAGGGAUUUGUUUUUCUGUGACUCGCACUAGUUGUCACCAUAUUAAGUUACAGGGACAGUCCCACUGGUAUGACAAGUGGCUUGCUCAAGGGCAUAAUGGUGAUAGUUCAUGGAUCGCACUUGUGGGUUCGAACCUAACCACUUGGCUACUGUAAGUAUUAAACUUCGGCACAUCAUUCGGGCCGCACCAUUUGUGAUGUGGAUAUGAAUGAUACCUCAAAUCUUGUGGCUUGUUGAGGCUUUUACUUUUCUAUGGGAUCAGACUUAACUGGUGGACAAAGCAGGCAAAAAAAAAAAAAAAAAGUACUAUAGACUCAAGACAUACAGUAUGUGCAGUAUAGGGGUCAGAAUAUCAAAGACACUUUUGAUGGACUCUUUUGACUUAGCAAGCACAUAGCAACCAGCCAAAACACCGUAGCAACCAUCUUGCAUCAUGCUAAAAAUAGCAAUGCCCUGGCAACCAUCCACAACAGCACUGUGGAGGCAACUUGGGCAAACACUACUCUACAUUUUCUUCACAAUAUAUUUUUAAAUUUUGUAUAUUGGUGUGGCUAUAUGCAGCAUUUUUCUCCCAGAGCAUGCUGUAAUAACAUAUUAGCAGUCACAAAGCUCUUCAUUUCAUCACAUAUUUUGAGGGGUGGGUUGGGGGGGACUUUAGAUUUAAUCUCACAGCAUCGUAAUACAGUUUGCUUCUGAGUGGAACCUACCAUAUUAGAAGUAUCACUUCAAGGAUACCUGAUACUUUGCAAUGUAAAUAUCAUAAAAGUGUAUCGGGCAGCUAUGUUUAUCCAGUGCGGUUGUGUGCAAUGAUCAAGUUUCCUGAAAAGGGGAAUUAAUCCGUUAAAAAUGGGACUCAGUUGAGGUUCCAUGCAAUACAAUAGAUUACUCACCCCCUCUUCCGUCACCACCCACAACCAUACAUUCACACUCACAUCAGCUGUUUUAUUUAGUCAUCACUCAACAUUUUGUUGCAAACCGCCUUUCAUUCCAAACAAAACACAAAAUUGUAUGGUACAGUACAUGAUUUCUAAACUGAGUAGAUAGGAACUCCUUAGGAACUUCCUUAUUCUUUCAAAUUAAACAUUCAUAUCAUGUGUAAGACCAACUUCCUUUACUUCAGUGUCAUUAGAUCUGCUUAAAGGGAUAGUUCCCAGGGUCCUGGGUAGCUCAGUGGUAAAAUACCCUGGCUACCACCCAUGGAGUUCGCUAGUUCGCUAGUUCGAAUCCCAGGGUGUGCUGAGUGACUCCAGCCAGGUUUCUUAAGCAACCAAAUUGGCCCGGUUGCUAGGGAGGGUAGAGUCACAUGGGGUAACCUCCUCGUGGUCGCUAUAAUGUGGUUUGUUCUCGGUGGGGCGCAUGGUGAAUUGAGCGUGGUUGCCGCAGUGGAUGGCAUGAAGCCUCCACACGUGCUAUGUCUCUGUGGCAACGUGCUCAACAAGCCACAUGAUAAGAUGCGUGGGUUAACUGUCUCAGAUGCGGAGGCAACUGGGACUCGUCCUCCGCCACCCGGACUGAGGUGAAUCACUAUGUGACCACGAGGACUUAGAGCGCAUUGGGAAUUGGGCAUUCCAAAUUGGGAGAAAAAAGGGGUAAAACCCCCCCCCAAAAAAGGGAUAGUUCCCCCCAAAAUGAAAAUUCUGUCAUCUAUCACUCACCCUCAUGUUGUUCCAAAUCCUAAUGACUUUCAUUCUUCAAUCUGUGGAAUAUAAUAUAUUUACAGUAUAUAUAUAUAUAUAUAUAUAUAUAUAUAUAUAUAUAUAUAUAUAUAUAUUACCGGCGGCCAAACGUUUGGAAUAAUGUACAGAUUUUGCUCUUAUGGAAAAGAAAUUGGUACUUUUAUUCACCAAAGCAGCAUUCAACUGAUCACAAUGUAUAGUCAGGACAUUAAUAACAUGAAAAAUUACUAUUACAAUUUUUUUUAAUUUUUUUUUAUUCAGAACUUCUUAAACCACUUCAAAGAGUUCUCAUCAAGAAAUCCUCCAUGUGCAGCAAUGACAGCUUUGCAGAUCCUUGGCAUUCUAGCUGUCAGUUUGUCCAGAUACUCAGGUGACAUUUCACCCCACGCUUCCUGUAGCACUUGCCAUAGAUGUGGCUGUCUUGUCGGGCACUUCUCACACACCUUACAGUCUAGCUGAUCCCACAAAAGCUCAAUGGGGUUAAGAUCCAUAACACUCUUUUCCAAUCAUCUGUUGUCCAAUGCCUGUGUUUCUUUGCCAACUUUAACCUUUUCUUUUUGUUUUUCUGAUUCAAAAGUGGCUUUUUCUUUGCAAUUCUUCCCAUAAGGCCUGCACCCCUGAGUCUUCUCUUUACUGUUGUACAUGAAACUGGUGUUGAGCGGGUAGAAUUCAAUGAAGCUGUCAGCUGAGUACAUGUGAGGCGUCUAUUUCUCAAACUAGAGACUCUGAUGUACUUAUCCUCUUGUUAAGUUGUACAUCUGGCCUUCCACAUCUCCUUCUGUCCUUGUUAGAGCCAGUUGUCCUUUGUCUUUGAAGACUGUAGUGUACACCUUUGUAUGAAAUCUUAAAUUUUUUGCCAAUUUCAAGCAUUGUACAGCCUUCAUUCCUCAAAACAAUGAUUGACUGUGGAGUUUCUAGAGAAAGCUGUUUCUUUUUUGCUAUUUAUGACUUAAUAUUGACCUUAAGACAUGCCAGUCUAUUGUAUACUGUGACAACUCAAAAACAAACACAAAGACAAUGUUAAGCUUAAUUUAACGAACCAAAUAGCUUUUAGCAGUGUUUGAUAUAAUGGCAAGUGAUUUUCUGGUACCAAAUAAGCAAUUUAACAUGAUUACUCAAGGAUAAGGGAUUGGAGUGAUGGCUGCUGGAAAUGGGGUCUGUCUAGAUUUCAUCAAAAAUGACUUUUUCAAAAUAGUGAUAGUGCUCUUUUUUAUACCAGUAAUGUUAUACUUUGUGAUCAGUUGAAAGGAACUUUGGUGAAUUAAAGUACCAAUUUCCUUCUGAAACAGC